AUGAAUGCAGAUAAAUUAAUGGACUUCAACCUUUCUAAUCUAUCCAGCCAAGUUUCCGUCAACGAUCGACUUCAUGUGACACACUCGCAAGAUCGUCGAUCUGAUAUCACUGUCGUUUGGUUAGAAAAGAAAUCAUCCAUCGACAUCAAUCAGGCUCGAUUGCUCAAUGUGAAUAAUCGAUGUUCUCUCAUUUGUUUCUCGAAUAUAUCAAAAUGCCUGAAAUAUCUGAAGCGAACCCGAUCACGUGACUAUGUGAUCAUGAUCAUUGUCUGCUAUUCCCUUGAAACAAUUCAACGUCUCAUUUAUCUCCUUGGACAAAAUCGUCUUGUUCAAACGAUCUUUGUUGUUGGUUCUUACUGCGAUGGAAGUGAUUAUCUGCCUCUGUUCAGCGACUCUUUUCGUCUCUUUUCAAGUCGACGAACAUUGUUUAAUGUUUUACAAAAACGAAUUGAACAAGUGGAUAAACAUCAUUGGGAUAGUGGAAUUUUUACAACGUUUUAUCGAAAGGAAAAGGCCAUGAAAGAUGUUCAGCAGAAUCUGGCCACAUUUGUUUGGACACAUGUAUAUAAAGUUCUAUUGACGAAGAUGUCUCGAGAAGAUCUUCAGGAUAAAUGUCAAAUGUUAAGUGAAUGUCGGGCUUAUUAUCGUCAUGAUAAGACUCAAUUAGAUCAUCUGAAGACCUUUCAAUGUCAAUAUCAAUCGAAAGAUGUCAUUCAUUGUGAAGAUAUGUGGAAUCUCUAUGCAUUUCGAUAUAUAAUUAUUGAUUUACACCAUCGUCUUGAAGAACUAUCUCAGUCACAAAAUUGUUCAAGCAUUCGUGUUUAUCGAGGCACGAAACUCAAUCGAGACGAAUUGGAACAAUUUCAGGUCGGUAAUCUCGUCUCAACCAAUGCGUUUCUUUCAUGUUCAACGAAUCGAAAAGUUUCAGAAAUGUUUAUUUCGACGAAUAAUAAUCGACUUGCAUCGCAACAAUCGGUCUUAUUUCUCAUCGAUGUCGACCGUCGAAUUUCUCCAAAGACAAUUUUCGCUGAUGUUAGUCAUCAAAGCGUCUUUCCCGAUGAAAACGAAGUGAUAUUUACUUUUGGGUCGACUUUUCUCAUCGAUGAAAUCAAUUUCGAUAAGCGGAAAUGCAUCUGGGUCGUUCGCAUGAGUGCCACCUCGAAUAAAAAUGCUCUGAUCGAUCAGUAUGAAAAGUAUAUUCUUGAGCGACUUCAGUUUACCGAUCCAACGAUUCUUUAUGCUCACGCGUUAGCCAAUAUCAGUAGUAAUUUUGGUCAAGCUUUAAGUUAUUUUCAUCGUUUAUUGAGGAUUUUACCUGUUGAUCAUCUCGAACGACCGAAUAUUUAUUAUAAUUUAGGUCGUCUCUAUCACUUUCUGGAUAAAUCCGACAAAUCUCUUCAUUAUUUUCGCUGUGCCCGAUUACUCAUUCGUCGUCUUUUACCGGAGAGAAUCUUUGAUUAUUGUCGAAUUCUUCGCGGGUUAGGUCUUGUCUAUUUAGAAAUGAGAGAUUCGAAUCGAGCAAUUCAAUGGCUAGAGCAAGCACUCAUUCUUCACAACAAAUCUUUUUCCAACAAUCACACGGAACUUCCCUUCCAUCUCAAUCGUCUUGCUUAUGGUUAUUUCCAAGCGACGAAUUAUCACCGUGCACUCGAGGUUCUACACGAAGCUGAACGAUUUUUCCUAAGAAAAAUGCCUGUGAAUCAUCAAGGAUAUGGACAGACAUUACAUAUCACCGGGUUAGUCCAUCGUGCUCUCGGCGAUGAUUCAAAGGCGUUGAUCGCUUUUGAAGAUGCUGUGAAGAAACAACAUUCUUUCCUUAGUGUCGAUCAUCCUCGUCUGGCUUCCACUUAUUAUCAACUGAGUCUCCUCCAUGCCGAUCAUAAUCAUAAUGAACUUGCCCUUGAUUGUAUUCAAAAAGCUUUGAAGAUUCAACUGAUUAAGUUGCCACCUUCUCAUUCUCAACUAAGAUUAUCGAAAGAACUUCUUCAACGUCUUCGCUAA